AUCUCCAAAACCGGAGCAGCGCCUUCCUGAGCUGCUGAGGCCCAGAAUCGAGCCCAUAAAACUCGCCUCGCCAGGCAAGUCAGGAAAGGCAGCCAGCCGGACGGCACGAGGCGUGGCGUGCGAGGGAGGACCCAGUGGAGAGGAAGUGACCCCCCUUCCCCUCCGAAGACCGGAAGUGAUCUUCGGUACCGAGUCCGCCGAGCAGGAGAGGCCUAGGCGGCUGCUGUGCCGAGACAUUGCCCAUGGAUGAGCUGGUGCAUGAUUUGGCCUCAGCUCUGGAGCAGACAUCUGAACAAAACAAACUGGAUGAGCUGUGGGAAGAAAUGACUCUGAGCCCAAGGCAGCAGCGGCGACAGCUUCGCAAGAGACGAGGCCGCAAGCGGCGUUCGGACCUCACACAUCAAGCAGAGCAUGCUUGCUGCUACAGUGGGGCCUCUGAAUCCAGCCUGGAUGAAGCUGUGGAGGACUGUCGGGAAGUGCUGACUGCCAACUUCAGUGACUCUGAUGACAUGGUCGUAGCCAAACGCCAUCCAGCACUCAGUGCAACUCUCAGGAGUAAGCAGCACUCAUGGCAUGAGUCGGACUCAUUCACUGAGAAUGCUCCCUGUCGACCAUUGAGGCGUCGUAGAAAAGUUAAGCGUGUGACAUCAGAGGUGGCUGCUAGUCUUCAGCAAAAGCUUAGAGUGUCAGAAUGGAGUUACGAGAAGGGUUGCAGGUUCAAGUCUGCUAAGAAGCAGCGUCUGUCCCGUUGGAAGGAGAAUGCUCCCUGGACAUCGUCCAACCGGGGACUGUGUGAGUCAGCAGAGACCAGGACCUUUCUCAGCAAAGGAGUAAGGAAUGAGAGGAUGGAGUGUGAAGCCGAUGAACAGAAGCAGGGUUCUGAUGAAAACAUGUCAGAAUGUGAAACCAGCAGUGUGUGCAGCAGCAGUGACACUGGCCUUUUCACCAAUGAUGAAGGCCGUCAAGGAGAUGAUGAGCAGAGUGAUUGGUUCUAUGAGGGAGAAUGUGUCUCGGGGUUCACGGUUCCCAACCUCUUGCCCAAGUGGGGACCUGACCAUCAGUCUGACAUGGAACGAAUGGACUCCAGCCAUGACAAAAUCUCAGACCCAACAUUCCUUCUGCCCUCUCGGCCUGCUACAAGAGGUUUCCAUGCUCGUUUAAACCGCCUUCCCAGUGUUGCUGCUCGCUGCCUCAGGAAGGGCCGUAGGAGGCUGGUUGGCAAGGAGACCACCAUGGGCACUGAAAGGAUUAGCCACGUCAUUGGUGAUCCCUGCCAAAAAGAGAACAAAGUGCUGGCUUCCCAUUUCUUCCACAUUGCAGCCUGUGUGCAAGAGUUCAAUCCACUAUCUCCCCUCUACUCCUUGGAUGUUCUUGCUGAUGCCUCCCACCGAAGGUGUUCACCAGCGCACUGUACAGCCAGGCAGGCUAAUAUACAUCUGGGACCUCCAUGCUCAAGAGACAUCAAGAGGAAGAGGAAGCCAGUAAUAGCAACUGCCUCUCUUUCAAGCCCAGCCUCAGCUUUGUCCGUCCACAGAGAUGCAGCUGACCCUGGCCCUCCAUUGGCACACUCCCAGAGGCACCAGAACUGACUGGAGAGGUGGAAUCCAUUCAUCAGAGAGAAGCACCAUCACUAUCCCCGGCAGCUUAAAAAAAAAAAAAAGCCACAGGAGAUGGUCCUUGACUAAACCUUGAUGGAGGCAGUUCUUCCUUCCAGAACCAGUUGGGCAUCUUCUGUGUUGGACUUCAGAGUACAUCAGAAUCCUCAUCAGAUGCUUUGAUGGGCAAUAACCAUCUUUUCAGUGUUGGCAUGUGACAUGCGCCUAUACUAGAAUGAUUUGUUCGCUCCACACAUGUUGCAAAUCAUGUUUGUAGAUCUGUGUAGAAAUACAUAGUUGAUGUAGGGGUUUCCACUCUUUGAAUAUUCCUGCUGUUGCUGGACAGGUAGAUAUUGCACACUCAUCUCCAACCCAAGCACCUAUCAGCGGCUGCUGGGUCUGUGUGCAGAAUGUUAUUUGGUAUUGCACAUAUCUGUCUGUUGCAAAGUUCUUCCUUCCUCAAACCUAUCAAUUGUAGCAAAAUUCUGUGUUCAAUGCUAAUGUUGGUGCUUUGGGGAGACAGAAGGCAGGCAUAAGCCCUAUAAGCCAGCCAGCAGGGAUCCCCAGUUAGAGGGGAGGUUAGAAGAGGAUCAACACUAUCUAAAUUAGGUGACUCACAUGUUUUUAUAUUGGGAACAUUUUCCAAGACUGCUUGUUGGGCAGCAUUUACAACAGAGAGACUGGGUUUGCCCCUUUCAGAAGUGUAUAUUAGCUAGCUUUAUGUAGCAUUAUCUGUCCUGGUUUUUCCUCCUAUUAUCAUAGUAUUGGUUUUAAACUAGUGUUCCUUCCCUGCUAGGAAUACACUUUCCUCUGUCUUAUAAUGUCAGCAGAAUCAUAAAAUGCACCGUCAUAUGAGGACGAUUUUAAUAUGUAAUCCUUCAAGUGAAUGACAGUGACCACCAACCAUGGCUGUUCUGUUUUGGAAGCUACUGCAACAAUCAUCAGACAUUAACCUGAAGUCUAUAUGUUAUUGUUCUGAUAGCCUUUUUAGACACGUGACUUCAAAGUAGCCUUUGUGCAGGUACAACCACUUAUUCUGUUGUCUUCAAAUUGGGAUGCUUCCUUAAGUAUAAAAAGGAAGCUCCCUUCUUGGCAGUAUGUACUGGCUGACUGCCUUUUACUCUACAUUUCUGAUUGCUCAUUAUGGUGUGGGUGUGUGUGUGUGUGUGUGUGUGAGAGAGAGAGAGAGAGAGAGAGAGAGAGAGAGGAGGAUGGCAUCUAGACCUUUGGCAGAGUAGCGCCCCAUCAACAGAAGCUCCUUCUGCAAGUGGAAGGAGUGUUGUGCUCCUGCAGGAGCUCCUUGCAUGAGUAGAAGGGCUCCUUACGUGAGCGCAGCUCUCCUUCCAUGUCUGGAAGGAGUUUCCAUUGAUGGAGCGUUGCUCUGCCAGUGGUGCCUAAUCUCUACAGCUCCUCCUUUUAAUUGCUGUCCUUCAAUAUAUAUUUGAGUAGCUGGGCAAAGGUAGCUGAAAUUCCUCGGUACCAGCAUCAAAUUUUAGGAGCCCUAAAGGACCAUGUGCCUAAGCUUGUGUUGUUUUAGCCCAGUUUGCAGUGGGCAUGUUUUUCAUGCUUUCUCAAGUAAUGUAUCUGAAGCCUUCCAUGGUGUUUCAUUCCCACAAGAUGUGCCUGGAGGUGUUUGCAGAGCCAAUAAUAUCUUCACUUAGAACAUUGGAUAUGUGGCAUAGGAGGGUACAGGGCAAAUGGAUGUCCCACCAUGGGAAGCAAAUGGUUGCUGCUUUAGAUGUAGUUGAGUUAGCAUUUUAUGAUUUGCUUCAUAAUGCUUUGACCUCUAACCUAUAACUCUCAUAAAAUGGAAAGCAUGAUAAUGGUCAUAAGAUGAUGUAUUAACUGUAUACAAAAAUGCUAAAAUGGCAACCCUGGUGAUCACCAUCUGUUGUGUUAAUGGAUUUUUGUCAUGGUUUAUCAUGUAGAGCAGCUCACAUAUGCCUUACUAGUAGAGUUGCAUUAGCGAAGCCUUGCCUGUGCCUAAGUCAUUAACACCAAUCAUGCAUCCCAUACAGAGAUUCAGAUCUCUUUAUGUAAACUCCUUCUGUGCUGUUUCAGUUAUUGACAAGAUAAACUACCUGCUUUGAUCCUAUAUGAAGGAUGCACAAUGAUUUAUUUGGAUAAUCCACCUUUUUGAUGGAAGUUGUGAGAGCCACCAUCACAACUGCGUUGCUUCCACAUUAGUCCUUUUAUUGUCUCCUGUGCAAAGCCCAUUGAAAUGAAUAGGACCUAUCUUUUUGUGUGGUGUACAGCACCAACCACAUCUGUGCUUGUGUUCUGAUCUUGCAAAACUCAUUUUUCUAUUUUUAAUUACUCAGUAGGCCGAGAAUUAGAAGUUAUGGCUCAUGAAAGAUUCAAAUAAUUAAGCUUGAUGAAAUGAUACUUGCUUGCAGCUUCAGAAGUUCCUUAUUUGGUUGCAUCUCUUCAAUUUUCAGCUUAUUUCCUAUGUAAUGGCUGUAAAAUACAACACCCCACCCCUGUACCUGAUAGUUUCAAGGAAUAUGAAAAAAGGCCUGGGUGUGCUGGUUUGACUUUGUUGCUGAAAUUCCAUAACUUAAGCUUCUCUGUUUUAAAAACAUGUCCUAUAAAAUAUUUUUUAAAAACACAUUUCUUUCUAAUAUUUUAAAAAUACACUCUUACAUUGGUAUACAUAUUAAAGUACAGAACAAGUCAGAUUCUCAAAUAAAACAAGGACAAUCACUUAAUCGCUAUAACAUGUAAGUAGAGCUCUGUACAAUUUGCACAGAAUAGGAUUCAAAUUCUGCUACAAAGGAGUACAUGCAGUUGUAGAAUACAGUUGUAAAAACCUACAAUUCUGUGCCUAGAGUACAUUGUGCAAAUAAUGCCAGUUGUCCAAAUUUACUUCAUCCUGAUUACAAUCUGGAAUAUGGAUUUUAAAGAAUGGUUUUUCCUUGGGAGUGAUAGGCAGCAAAGUGGGAAACAAUUAAGGCAGAGAACAAAAUCUGGGUGGCAGCUGCAACUGUGGUGUUCUUCAAAAAUAGCUAUGAUCACAGAAUUGAGUCUACCACAGGACUCUGUAUAUAAGUGUUAAGAAAUGACAAACUUGUGAGAAGUUUAAAUUUUUUCUAUGUUGCACUAUAUGUGCUUCAGUGUUCUUGAUUUUAACUUUUAUACCAAGUUUUGUGACUGAAAAAAUCCUGUAAUCAGCUGAGCUGAGUAUAGUUGCUUAUAUGGUGUAAAAAUAUUUUGUUAACGUGUGUGUGUGUGUGUAGGCAGGCCACGGUUCAUUGUGGGGGAUAUAAGCUGGUUUAAUCUUUACUCCACGGCUCUGAUCAAGCUGUAAUUAUGGGCAACUAGAGACAUGCUGACAAUUGAUGGCACCCAUCCACAUCAAGAGGCUCACCCAGCCCCUUCAGUAUAUUAUCGAUGGGAGAAGAAUACACAUCCUGAUGUGUGUUUGCAUUAGCUACACAUGUAGAAGCCUGCUGCUGUGUGUGGACCUUUUUUGCAAGAUUGGCCACAGAAGUUUUUCAUAUAUGAGAUUCCUUUUGUUGUUGGUAUCCGCUUGGUGUUGCUUCUCCUCUGACUCAGCACACCCAGUGGCAGUUAGAGCAGGCCUCUGACCUUUUCCCUAGGCAGGCCCAUGCUUGGACACAGUGGCUCUCUUCAUCUGCUCACCCGAGGACUGAACAGCAGAUAAAUCUUAAGAACUGCAAAGAUCAUAGUGGACGAUCUUAGGGCAACUUCCCACAACAUAGCUGCCAAACAGAAGGUGGCUUGAAACUGCAUGUGGAAACUGAGCCACAUGGUGAGCAGUUUUGGUACCUACUGGUUUGUGCAUUGGCCUCCAUGGCACAAGUUUGUCUGCAACCUCGAGCAAUGUUUGCCAGUGGCAUGGAAACAAAUUCACACAGUGAACCCAGUCCGUGCAAAUCAGCUUGCUGCAUGGAGCAGCUUCAAAUAACCCGGGAGGCACUGUGGGGAACUAUGUUAGAAGCUGCCCAUAGAGCCUGAACCCCAAAAGAUGGUGCUUGCUGUGCACAUCUGGGAGCUGGGCCACUUGGGUUAUUUCCAGCUUCAACUGCCUGACUACUAGUGUAUCAGUGUUGUCUGCGUGGGAUUUUCCCUCUACUCCUAUGUUUGCCACUAAACUGGACCUGCAGGAAGUAGAAUAAGCAGCCACUGUCUGUCUUGCAGUAACAUGGAAUAUUGCCACUUUUCCUCUCCGUGUUGCUUCUGUGUAUAGUGUGAGUGGAUGGGACCAGCCUGUGCUGAAGCUCUCAUGUAGGUAGAGCAUAAGGGCUGGAUGCACAUGCACCUGUACUCUGUACCCUCUGGGCACAUCUCCGCCGAAGGCCCACUUCCUGUCCUGGCCUCACCUCUGCAUGCAUAAUACUGCCAAGUAUUCCUCUUGUAAUCAAUAGCAUGGUGUUUGGGGGAGACAACUAGUUAGUAGCAUUUGAUGACUGAAUUCCUGAAAAGAAACAUACACUUUAUAUUCUUUUAGAGCAGAAAAAUCAAUGCUACAUUUUUUGUCAGUUCUUUUUUGUUAAAGAAGCUAAUGACCAGUUAUGUUGCUAUCUACCUGGCUUCACUCCUCUGUCUCCUAUACAGAAUUUUAAUAUUUUCGCCUUCUUUGCCUAGACAAAUAGAUUUAUGGUGCCAAAAUCCCCUUGUUCAGUAAGCUCAUGGGAAUUCUGUUUUGCAGGUACUGCAGUGGGGCUUUGUGAUUCUGUUGGUUUUGCAAUAGUCCUUUCCCCCCAGUGUUAAUCUAUAUGUAAUAUUGCAGUAGUCCUAUCACAACUAGAAAUAUUGAGGCUAUGCAUUGAUUCAGGUAGCAGCUCUGGCCUAGUUUCACUGAGGCGGUAAUCCUGUGUCAGGGCUGUAGCCAGAAUCUAGGUGGGGGCCUCAUACAAUCAGAGGCUCCUUGUAUUGGGGUGGGGGGCAAAGUUCUGGCAUAUAGGGAACUCUCCUCAUGCCAGGAAGAGGACUAGGAUAGAAUCCCACUCUCCAUAGUGCUUGUUGGGUGUGGAUUGAGCUGUCACCUACGUGAAGAUGUGGGUUUACCACCUCAGUGAGAGAUGGUAAGGCUUGUGUGUGAGGGCUUAUUCUAAGCUCAUCCUCUGAAAUCCAUGAAGCUGCUCUCAUGAGUAACUUUUGUGGCAGCUAUUCUGAGCAGGGCUGUUUCCCCUGUUCAGGUACCCCAUGCCACUUCAAUAAUUGAAGUAGAUGCUCCCCGUCCACAGGAACUUUACACCCUGUAAUCUGCAAGGCUUUCCCCCGUCUCCAUGCAAAAGUCACUUGCAGGUGAAUCGGACUUUGAGCAAGCCUUGGACUCAUGAGGGCUUUGCAAACUCCUUUAGGAAAGUGAUAUAUGCUAUGUUGUGACUCUGGAAUUUAUAUUUUAAGACUAUAUCUUUUAGAUAGCAGCUUGCUUAAUUUGUCAAAUAAAGGUUUUCUGCAAACUGA